ACUUUAUUUUCGUGGAAACUGUGAAUCGCGUUAGUAGAAAAUUACUGAAAUAUGCCGCAAUUUAAGCGCCAGACUGUCAUGAAAAGUAAAAUAAAACCAAGUAAACAGUUGGGGGCUCCUCAAGCAAUAAAACCAGUGUCGGUACCGAUGGCGUGUACAUUUUGUGAGAAUCCGGGUGCAGAUUUUCAAUGCUGCAUCUGUGGUUCAUUGUACUGUGGUGUACGUUGCCAAUUGUCCGAUUGGCAAUACCACAGGAACAAUCGAUGCUUGCCUCGAUUAAUCAAGGCGACACCGGUUUACUGCGCUCCUGAAUUUUGGGCGAGUUUGGGUAAUUUGUCGUGUCCAACAGCCACGCAAAACGUAGCACAACGUCCGCCAACACCGAAGAAAUCUCGGCCCCAAAUGCCCGUGUCGUCUAACUUAAACACAACCAUCGCACCAGCUGAGGUCAAUAUCGCCACAUCCUCGACAAAUGCCAAAUUAUCUUUGUCUAGCACAAAUUCAACGGUCGCACCAGCUGAGGUUAAUAUCGCCACAUCCUCGGCAAACGCGAAAUUAUCUGUUUCUCACACAAAUUCAACCAUCGCACCUGUUGAGGCCAAUAUUAAAACAAUUCCAUCCAAAUUGUCGUUACAAAAGCGACGUUACAGUGUUCCGAUGCCGUUACGUCCAUCCCAACAUUUGGAGGGCAUGCCGAUUCCACUGGAGCAGGCAGAUUUUUCUGUACCACCACCCCAGAUUUUGUCUUAUUUCCCGGCCCUUCCGGUAAAGGAGCCACUAUCUGCCGAAGUCAAUCGUAAGAAAAAAGGGAUUGCUGAAGUGGCAAAUACGGCGAAGUCAAAGUCAUCUUCGAAAAAGGAAGAGCAUGGAAAACAACCAACUCCGAAAAGCUCCGAAGACGGCAAGGUUGCAAAUCUGUCCGCCAAGUAUAUGGAGGAAUCUAUCCUUUGUGCCAUUGUCCCGAAUGAACAGAAGGUAGAGCCAAAGCCAUUGUUGCCAAAGCAAACCGCUGCCAAGAAACGUUUCUUACGACCGAGUGCUUUCCCAAAUCCAGGGGAAAAGGUUACAAUUUCGCACGUUGAGGACAGCACAAUCUAUAUAUACGGUGUAGGGCAUGGGCUCAACGGUUCACCGAGCCCGUACAUAGAGUAUAUGAAAUGCAUGAUGAAGGCGGCCCGUGAGACGAAGGAGCACCUUUCGAAACCUCCAGAAUUGGGCGACAUUGUGUUCGCGCCCUUGGAAAGUGUAUACUAUCGUGCCGUGGUGAAAUCGAUCGAUGGAGCCAACGUGAAGGUCAUUUUUCCAGAAUUUGGAAACUCGGCAACUGUUGACUGGAAGAUGUUUAAAGUAAUCAACGAUCUAAACAUCAAGUACGCUAGGUGCAUGACGUAUGAGGUUUCCAUCGAAAACGUUCCUCAGUUCACGAAGCUGAUGUAUGAAUUUCUCAAGAAGCUGAUUGAUACUGAAGAAUUCGAAAUCUCAAAAGUUUUCAACUUACCAAACACGCACAUCAAAAUGGUGGAUUUAUUGCACAGGUUUGAAAACUACGUUUUAAGCAAAAAGCUACUGUCUUUGCUAAAAAACGAGACGAAUGAAAAGGAUACCGUGAAAGAGGGAACUAAGCCUGCACUAAAGCAACUAGCGGCGUAUUUUCCGGAUUCUAACAUGCCCAUUUUUUUCGACGAGUUUAAACGUAGCUCACUACCCGAAGGAAUUGGGAUUAAGCUUUGUAUGGUGAAUGGAUCGGAGAUAGUAACAUCGAGUUCCAUAGCAGUGGUAUUGCAAUCUGAAAUGUUGCAGUUGGAAAAAAUAACCCAACAGUGCAACCAAUAUGGACAGAUGGACCCUACCCCGUACGUGGCACAGGAGAAUGAAGCUUGCUUGGUAAACUGGAACGGUUUGUGGCGGCGCGCUACAAGCCUUGGCGAUGGCCUAUAUCAUCUUCUGGAUGUAGAUUUCGCUUGCACCUUGGACAACAAAUGUAAUGUUCGGCGGUAUCCUUUGGAGCUCAGUCGUAAACUUUACGUACAUUGUAUUACCGUAAAAAACCCAAGUGUGUUACGGAAUGCCAUCGGCAGCAAUGAGAAUAAAACUUGGACGCUUGUAGGAAGAAGUCUGAAAGCGGAUGUGUAUCGAGAAGGAACGGUAUACUAUGCAAUUAUUGAAUCCGUUGACUAAUAACAGGAUAUUACCGAAAUGGCAUGGAGGAUGUCAUAAAAAGUUCUUGUUUGCUGAUGCCAUAUUAUGAAAUUUCGGUUAAAUGAUGUCAAACAUUGACAAUAAUCUUAUUAGAUGUUUUAUGAUGGUUAGUUAAAAGAAAAACAAAAUCUGCGAGAUGCCCAAGAAUACAUUUUAAGAGAGAGAGAACUCUCUGUCUAUUCGACAACUGAAUUUACAGCGCAGAAUACGAUUAACAAUACAUACAUAUUACGUGUGCGUCGCUUGUGACCGUGGUUCAAAUUCAAUUCAAAGUUAAGGAAUCGAUAAGAAUUUAAAAUUCUACUGUGCAUUCAUCGACAUGGUCCAAAGCAAAUUGAAUUAGGUAGCAUUAAAAGAAAGUAAAUACCCACGUACGUGCCUGGCUCGCAAGAAUGAAGCUCGAUGAAACAAUUGAUCGAAGUAACGGUUCAUGAUACCGUGUAAAUGCCGGUAUGGAGGAGCAGUAUGUUAUGUUGGAUAUGGUUGCGAGAUUGUUUUGAAUGGUGAUAAGGAUAAGACAGCGGCAUUUUAGAACAAUGUUCUGAAAACAAAAGAAUUUAAAACGUAUGGCAAAAAGGUUGCUGAUGAAAUGGUUCAGGGUAGCGCGUUAGUACCUGCAUGGAUCACGAUCAGUACAUUGGAUUUAUUGAAGAUCGUUGAUCGACGGACGGUGAUAAGUAUAAGACUGCGGCGCUUUUCAUCAAAGUUCUGACAGUAGACCGAAGAAGUGAUUAGUGUCAUUAACUAAGCGAAGUUCUUUCGCUCACAUUCAGUUAUUGACUCAAACUUAAAUGUAUUGUUUCAUCAAUUUAAUAACAAAUCAUUUAUAAACAUGUAUGCACAUCAGUUCUUUUUAAAGGACUGCAGGUUAACGA